CUGUACCUAUAGGCACAACAUAGACAGAGACACAAAAGCAAAGAAAAAGAUAAUUUUUUCCAUUCUAUAUAGAGAGAGAGGUAGAGAGGUCAGCUACAAACAGCACUUUUUGGCCUUUGCUUCCUGAACUAACCAGCCAACCAACCCAACGUUUUUAUUUAGAGACUACUGUUCUGGUUGCGUGUGUGUUAUGCUUCUUCUUCUUCUUAGCCGGGCCCUUCCUGUUCUGUGUUAUUGAGUUUGGAGAAUAUAUAUAAAAUUUAUAUUCUCAUUUAUAACAAACAAGGCAUAUCAACUUUGUGGUUUUGCUUAUAUAUAACUAGCUAAAGCUAUAUUUAGCACUCUUUUUUUUCGCUUUGUGUUGUUGGUUCAGUCUUCUUCAUGGCUUUCUCUUUUGAGGGAUUUCUCUGGUUUUUUGUGUGGUGAAGAUCUUGUAUGUGGGUUUCAGUUUAGAAGUUUGAAGAAGAUGUGGUUUUUAUUGGUUUUGAGUUCUGGUUAGCCAUAUUAUAAGUUUUUCCUCUUAUAUUUUCGGUGUUGGGAGUGGCAGAGAAGGUUGGUUUUAGUGUUAGACAUGGAGGGUCGUUUUUCAAAGAAUGGUGAGGCUUGUCCUCAUCUGCUGGAUUUGAUUCCAAAAGAAAAAGAAUGGCUUAAGAUGGGAGAUGGAGAGAGAAAUCGGAGGUCUUCAGAGGAGAAGAAGCUUGAACUGAGGCUUGGUCCACCAGGUGGUGAAGAUUGGUCGAUGAAACAAGCCAAAAUAUCAGAAAGAAGCGACCUUCUUUCUCUAGGCUACUUCCUUCCUUCCAUCAAUAACACAAACAAUUACAACAACAACAAGAAUGGCUUUUCAUUUCUUCAGUUCCCAUCCACCCCAACGACUUCAACAGUCGCUUCUCAAACUCCACAAAGCUUGCCUGUAAUGGCAAAGGAAUCCUCAAAGCCCUGUUGCACUAAAGUUGUAGACUUGCAGUCUACACCAGAAAAGAAAGCAUUUUCUUCUCCAUCUCCUGCUAAAAUCCCAGCUGUGCCCACCAGCUCUCAGAAAAGGACUGCUCCUGCUUCAGUGGUGGGUUGGCCUCCAAUUCGUUCAUUCAGGAAGAAUCUUUCAAACACAAGUGCUUCAAAACAAGCUUCCGAGUCACCAAAUACAGUCUCAAACAAGGAUAUUGAUGAAAAGCCAGUUGAAGCUAGCAGGAAAGGUCUGUUUGUGAAAAUCAAUAUGGAUGGUGUCCCUAUUGGCAGAAAAGUUGAUCUCACUGCCUAUGACAGCUAUGAAAAACUCUCAACUGCUGUUGAUGAACUCUUCAGAGGCCUUCUUGCAGCUCAAAGAGAUUCAUGUGCUGGUGGAAUGGUGAACAAGCAAGAGGAAGAGAAAGCGAUCACCGGUGUAUUGGGUGGAACUGGGGAAUAUACUCUUGUUUAUGAGGAUAAUGAGGGGGACAGGAUGCUUGUUGGGGAUGUCCCAUGGCGCAUGUUUGUUUCAACAGUGAAGAGGUUGCGUGUGUUGAAGAGCUCUGAAGUUUCAUCCUUAAGCCUCGGAGGCAGUAAGCAAGACGACAAGUUACUAACUUAACCCUGCAUUGAAACGAAGAAAAAGAGGAGACUUUUUUUUCUCCUGUGCAGAUUCUCCACUAAAGUUUGAAGAAUAGACUUUGAUUUGUGUUCUCCAUUUGACAUUUUGUUCCCUUGUUUUGUAUGAACUUUGUUGCAACCGCAGUAAAUAUUAUAUAAUAUAUAAUUAAGUAACUUUUUUA